CAAAAUUCCAUCUUCCCCAUCAAAACCAAUAAAUUUCUUUUUAUUUCGGGCUAUGAAUAUUUUGCUGCAUAGGGCCCAGAACAUAUGGGCCCGAAUAUAGAAUAUUUGGAAAUAGAGAAAGUAAAUAAAACGCACCCGAUCACUCACACGCUGAAGCUGAAUUGUGAUCUGCCAACCACCUGAAGUAUACUCCUCUGCUGCUGCUGCUGCCGCUUUGUUUGUUUAAUAAUUAUUAUUUAAUAUAGACACCGAAUCUAACUACACGCCUAGAAUAUAGCUGUUUGUUUAAUAAUUAUUAUUUAAUAUAGACACCGAAUCUAACUACACGCCUAGAAUAUAGCACUUCUUAUCCCACCGCCAAUUGCUCUUUUAUCCAUUUUCACUCAGAUCUGUGUUGUUUUUACCUUCGAUUCUAUUUCAUCUCCUUUUUCCCGCGCCAUUGUUGAGUUUGUAAUGCUCGUUGAGUCGUUGUGAAGUGACUGCCGAGAAAAUGGUGAUCUACGGACCGUUAACGCCUGGUCAGGUGGCAUUUUUCCUUGGAAUAGUUCCAGUAUUUGCUGCUUGGUUAUACUCCGAGUAUUUGGAGUACAGGAAAAAUUCUUCAUUUUCCAAGCAUGGCAGGAAUUCUGAUAGCAAGUUGGUUGAGUUAGCUGGAACAGUUAAAGAAGAUGACAGAGCUGUUCUUUUGGAAGGAGGUGGCCUCCAAUCGGCCUCUCCUAGAGAGCGGAAUUCAUCCGUAACAUCCCAUGUCAUUAGGUUUCUUACGUUGGAUGAGUCCUUCUUGCUGGAAAAUCGAUUGACUUUGAGAGCUAUAUCUGAGUUUGGUGCCCUUUUAGUCUACUUUUACAUAUGUGAUCGCACAAAUCUUCUUGGUGAAUCAAAAAAGAGUUAUAACCGGGAUCUGUUCUUGUUCCUGUACUUCCUUCUCAUCAUAGUUUCAGCAAUUACUUCUUUCAAGAUACAUAAUGACAAGUCACCAUUCUCUGGGAAGUCAAUAAUGUAUCUAAACAGGCAUCAAACUGAGGAGUGGAAAGGUUGGAUGCAGGUCUUAUUUCUUAUGUAUCACUACUUCGCUGCCACAGAGAUCUACAAUGCCAUAAGGGUCUUCAUUGCUGCAUAUGUGUGGAUGACAGGAUUUGGGAAUUUCUCAUAUUAUUACAUUCGCAAGGAUUUUAGCCUUGCUAGGUUUAUGCAGAUGAUGUGGCGGCUUAAUUUCUUGGUGUUCUUUUGCUGCGUUGUGCUUAAUAACAAUUACAUGCUAUACUACAUAUGCCCCAUGCACACUCUCUUCACACUGAUGGUGUAUGGGGCCCUUGGUAUUUUCAACAAGUAUAAUGACCGGGGAACUGUUAUAGCUGCAAAAUUUCUAGCUUGCUUCUUGGUGGUCAUUCUUAUAUGGGAAGUGCCCGGGGUAUUUGACCUGUUCUGGGGUCCCUUCACUUUCCUGCUAGGUUACACUGACCCAGCCUCAAAAGUCAAAUUUCCGCUUUUGCAUGAAUGGCAUUUCCGCUCAGGCCUUGAUCGAUAUAUUUGGAUAAUUGGGAUGAUAUAUGCAUAUUACCAUCCAACGGUGGAGAGAUGGAUGGAAAAAUUGGAAGAAGCUGAAACAAAGCGCCGGAUAUCAAUCAAAACUAUUAUUAUUAUAAUUUCUUUGACGAUUGGGUAUCUAUGGGUGGAAUUCAUAUACAAGCUUCCGAAGAUUACUUACAACAAGUAUCAUCCUUAUACAUCAUGGAUUCCGAUAACCGUAUACAUAUGCUUGCGAAAUGUGACCCAGCAUUUCCGCUGCUACACAUUGACACUUUUUGCGUGGCUUGGUAAAGUCACUUUGGAGACUUAUAUCUCACAGAUCCAUAUAUGGUUAAGGUCCGGUGUGCCAGAUGGUCAACCAAAGCUCUUGCUUUCCUUGAUUCCUAAUUAUCCACUGUUAAACUUCAUGCUCACUACGUCCAUAUACAUUGCGUUGAAUUGACAAAUACAUUGAAAUCCACAUUUGUGCCAACUAAGGACAAUAAACGUCUGGGACAUAACUUAGCUGCAGCUGUGGUGAUAGCAGGGAUUUUAUAUAUCUUGGCAGUCAUAUUAGUCAAAGUUCCUCAAGUGAUGGUGUGAAUUUUUCGACGGUUAUAACGAAACAAGACUACCAAUAUGGUCCAUGCAACAGAAGGUUUCUUGAUGCAGUAUAGACACCUAACCGAUCAUCAAAUCAAGCAAUUUUUAAAUUGUUGGCUUUGGCGUACGGGAGUUUCUCUUAAAUUGUAUAGUUAUAGUUGGGCUGUUUAAGCCAUUAUUGCCAAUAGUUUCGGUUUUCCGAUUAUAAAAAACCUAGCAAUUGAGGUAUAGGAUAAUAAUUUGGUUGAUAAUUAUUUUGAGCCAUUUCAGACUAUUCUGUUUAGUAUCAUUGAGUGUCAGCGUAGAAACUGCUGCUUAAUAGAUGAAUGGUAGAAGAAUUUUUGGUUGA